CUGCCUUCAGUGUUGAUCGUCAAGCUCUGCUCUGUGCUCCAGAGAAGUGGGGUAAAGGAGAGCGGCUGCUGCUGCGGAGGAGGAGUGGGUAGCGGCAUGUUCCCCCGCUGAGAGCGUUAUACCCCCGUGUAAUUAAGAAGAUAUGGGGGAGCAGACAUGACCGAGAUCCCUUAUCUGCUGUCCGGCAGCUCCAAGAACUGACAGUCCUUAUGGCUUUAUAUGAUGAGGACAUCCAGAACAACGAUUUCUACCUGACUAUCCAGAAACAGAGGCCCGACCUGAUCAACAAAGCUGCAGAGGUCCACGGCAUUGUUCUGGUUCCGUGUAAAGGAAGUUUCACCAGCAGCUUAUUCUCCACCUGUCUCCUGGAGUCCUAUCUUCUCAAACCCAGUGAAGGGGGGUUUCUGACAGAAAAUGGAAAGGAGAUUUUCAUUCAGGGAAAUCUGGUUAAACUUGGAGCCGGUUUUCGGAUAUUCCUCUCUGUAUCCGUUCUGUUCGAGGAGACGUUCUACAAUGAGAAAGAAGAAAGUUUUAGUAUCCUGUGUAUUUCCCAACCCUUAGAAAAAGAUGAGAAUCCAGAAGAAGCUGCCGUCCCGUCCGCUGCCUGCACUUUAAAGAACAUAGACGACGUGAAGGAAUUCCUAGGGAAACACGUGGAUAAAUUUGACAGAAGCGUUACCUCUUUCCGCGCUGCGUUCAAAGUGCACGAGAGGAAGAAUCUACGACAUUACAUAGAUUCUGUCAACGCUCUGUAUACAAAAUGUCUUCAGCAUCUACUACGCGAUUCACACUUGAGAACCAUUGCCAAGCAAGAAACUCAGAUGAAUCUGAUGAAGCAAGCAGUGGAGAUGUACAUUCACCACGGCAUCUACGAUCUCAUCUUCAAGCAAGUGGGGACCAUCGAGGCGAGUGAGGAUGCUGCCUUUAACAAGAUUACGAGAAGCCUUCAAGACCUGCAGCAGAAGGAUAUAGGCGUGAAGACCGAGUUCAGUAUUAACAUUCCUCGUGCUAAGCGAGUCUUGGGUCAGCUGAACCGCUGCACGUCCCCCCAGCAAAAGCUGCUCUGCCUGAAGAAAGUGGUGCAGACCAUCAUGCAUUCUCCCAGCCAGAGAGUGAACAUGGAGACGAUGUGCGCCGAUGACCUUCUGUCUGUGCUGCUCUACUUGCUUGUAAAAACUGAGAUUCCAAACUGGACGGCAAACCUGAGUUACAUCAAGAAUUUCAGAUUUUGUAGCGCCGCCAAGGAUGAGCUGGGGUACUGCCUGACGUCCGUGGAGGCGGCCAUUGAAUACAUCCGGCAAGGGAACCUGUCCCAAGCAGCUGCUGAUCCUGAUGGGAGUGAUAAAUCUCUGCUGUGGCAGAGAAUGAACUUGCUGUCUAGGACCUCCUCUGCCCCCAUAGACUGCUUAUUCCAGCACAUUGCUUGGAAUCAAGAAGAAGUGGAGAAAAUGCUGAACCAGGGAGACGCAGAUGAGGAAGUCGUCCAAAAAAUGUGUCACCCACUCUGCUCCUGCGACAGCUGUGAUAAGAUGGCUUCUGGAAAGUUAAAUGACACUUCCAUUGUUACUCCACUUUCUCGAGACGAUCGCGGUUACACCCCCCUGCACAUUGCCGCCAUUUGUGGUCAGUCUCAGUUUAUUGAUCUCCUGAUCUGUAAAGGAGCAGUGGUGAACGCCACCGAUUAUCACGGCUCGACGCCUCUUCACCUCGCCUGCCAGAAAGGUCAUCAGAAGAUAGCGCUGCUCUUGUUACAUUAUAAGGCGAGCAGAGACAUCCAGGAUAAUAAUGGGAACACCCCGCUGCACUUGGCCUGCACCUAUGGACAUGAGGAUUGUGUGAAGGCUUUAGUCUAUUACGAUGUAAACUCUUGUAGAAUGGAUUGUGGUAAUGAGAAGGGCGACACAGCGCUCCACGUCGCCGCCCGCUGGGGGUACCAGGGGAUUAUUGAGGUGCUGCUACAGAAUGGAGCCGAUCCCAACGUGUCAAACAAGAGGAAAGAGACGCCACUGCAGUGCGCCUUGAACUCUAAGAUCCUGUCCAUCAUGGAAUCUGCACGUGUGGGGGACGGCAGGAGGUCAGAGGCCCUCAGCCAGUCCCCUCCUCGCUCCGCGGACACCAUCAGCCGAGACUCGUCCGAGUCCAGCCUCUCGUCACCGUCCACCAGGCAAGAUGACGUCAAAAGCAAGUAUAAAGAUGUGGAGAAGCUGUUACGAGCCAUCUCUGAUGGAGACCUGGAAAUGGUUCGUUACCUCUUGGAGUGGGUGGAGGAUGACUAUGAUGAUGAACUGGAAGACUCGCUGGUUGGGAAGGAGUUUUGUCACCCUCUGUGCCAGUGCCGCACAUGUGGUCCUGUUCAGAAGAAGCUGAACAGGAUUCCCAGUAAUGGUCUGGGGGUCAAUGUGACCAGUCGGGAUGGAUUCACACCACUACAUAUCGCAGCCUUAAAUGGUCACUCCGUUCUUGUGACUCUGCUCUUGAAACACGGGGCCCACGUGGAUGCAAAGAAUGGGAACCGGGCCCUUCCUCUGCACCUGGCCUGUCACAAGGGACAUUUUGAGGUGGUAAAGAUUCUGAUGGAGUUGAGCACGGGGAAGAACAAGAAGGACAUAAACGGGAACACGCCGCUAAUCUACGCCUGCAUCACAGGCCACCUGGAGAUGACUUCCCUCUUACUGGAGCAAGGAGCAUCUGUCAAUCUCAGCAAUGUAAAAGGGAACACCGCUCUGCAUGAGGCCGUCCGCAGGAACCAUGAAGGAUUAGUCAAGCUGCUGUUACUGUACGGUGCCUGGGUGGACGUGAGGAACAAGCGUCAGUAUUGCCCACUGGACUUUGCAAAGAACAGCAGAAUCCGACAGCUUCUUCUCUCUGCCUCCAACCACGUGACGGACAGCGGGGCAGCAGCGUCCGAGGAGCAUCCCGGCCACAUCCGGAAAAAAUCAACGACCUCUAGUCCAACCAGCUCAGAAGCUCAUGUAACUCCCAGAAAAGCUGAUGUCCCUCCAUCUAAAUCUAUAAAUGAGAAGAAAAUUAGAAGAGAUAAGAGUAUGCCCAACUUUGACGAGGAUCUAAUCCAUCAGCUCUCCAUCAGUAGACUGGAGGAUGGGAACCCGAAACCACAUGGUGUCCGGAGCUUUGCUGAAUUCACGGAAGGUGGAAAAGAUGAGUUGGACUCCAGUCUAAAGGCUAAAUAUACCGUCAGAAGGCACAGCCUUAACGUAGCCUGUGUAACGGACACUGACGAGAACAUAAGUGACAUCAGUGACACUGUGAACGGGACAGACGUCAGCUCUCCGCUGUCUGAAACCUGCAACCUGGACCUGGAAGAAGCCUCUAACCGGGAGCUGUCAGAAAUGAACGCCCGGAAGGAUCCAGCCAAUCCUCAGACCACAGAGAUUACCCAAAAGCUGGAUGACUUGGACUGUUCCGGGGGCCCGGAAUGCUGCUGUGUAGCUUGCACGUUGGCACUAGAGUCGUCUUGGUCUUUGGUUGACUCAGUCAGUCAGGGCUGCUGUGAUGGUUCUGAACAGGAGGACCCCAGUGCGGUCAGUCCUUAACCAUCACUAGUAGGGCGAUCGUAGCUGUCUGAGCGAUCAGGACUCCUCUGAUGUAGAACUAACCUGCGGUGUAUGUAAUGUCGUCUGUGGACUCAUCCAAUUAAUGUCACUAAGCCAAACACUGUUUACCGAUUAGUCGAUUACAGAAUGGAAGCACAAGAAGGGAAAUAUAAAUCACUGCGGGCAUCAACUGCUUACUGACCAGUCACUAUGAUUAUUUAAAUGUUGGCAUUGGGUGUGAUACCCUAAUACAGGGGUAGCCAACUGUUGGCUCUCCAGCUGUUGCAAAACUACAACUCCCAGCAUGCCUACAGCAGGGCCCGGUGGGAAUUGUAUUUUUUUUACAACAGCUGGGGAGCUGCAGGUUGGCCAUCCCUUCCCGAAUAGUUAUACCUGUGUCAUUCUGUCCACUUGGAGCCAAUCAAGAGGAAGGGGUGCAAAAAUAAAAUUCUUCCUGGUUCUGCAGCUUCACAUGAUCCCUCUUAGCCAGUCAGAAUCUCUGAAAAUAAUCAUAGGACGUGCACUUCCCAGAAGCCGUUCAGACUGCACCAUAUGAUCCUUUUCAGAGCUGCCGAUUGGCUCAGAAACUCCAUAGGACUUCAGGAAGGUCUUUCCUUUCAGCACUUUAAAGGGGUUGUCCGGGUUCAUACCCUUAUUUUCACCCAGGCAGCACCCCUGAUGUUGGCAUCGGAGUAUCUUAUGCUUCAAUGCUCUCUUUUGCCCUGCACUGGAUCGCGCAGGGUACGGGCUCUUUUGUUUACAAUAACACACGGCCGGGCGGAAGCUUCUACCCUGCAGUGUGUUUGGUGACGUCACCGGCUCUGAUGGGCGGGCUUUAGCGCUGCCCUAGCUGUUUUACUGGCUUGGGCAGCACUAAAGCCUGCCCAUCAGUGCCGGUGAUGUCACCGGGUUUCCUGGCAGCCCCAUGGACAGCCCUGGUACGUCACCGGAACGCUUCAAAAAGUCCUUUGCCCUGAGUGAUUUAGCGCAGGGAAAAGGAGAGCAGCGGAGCAUGAACUGCUCCGAUGCUCAAGUCAGGGGGGCUGCCUUGGUGAAAAUGGGGGGAUGACAACCCCUUUAAGAUACAACCACACGUGGUGCAAAAGAAGCUGACUCUCUCCUGGGGAAAAGUCUGCAGCAUUGCCAGUGGAAUAUACUGCAAACUGAUUUGCGUACAGGUUUUCAAUCCUGCUUCAAUUAGCUCCUUUCCAAUGCAAAGACCUGCUUUGAUUCCUAAGGCCUCUUUCACACGGGCAGGUUUUCCAUCAGGGUGCGAUGUGUAAAGCGAAUGCUGCUGACCCAUUCAUUUUUAAUGGGUCUGCGUGUUUUUCACGCAUCAUUUCUGCGUUCAGGAAAAAUCUCAGCAUGUCCUAUAUUGUGUUUUUUCACGCAGCUCUGGUUCCAUAGAAGUGAAUGGGCCUUCAGUGAAAUUCGGAUUGCAACAGCAUACAAUGCGUUUUUCACUGAUGGUUCGCUAGGAUAUGUGGAUUGGUUUUACUUCGUCUGAUUGCACCCACGCGGAAAAAAAUAAAAUGCAAACGCCGAAUGCAAUCGCAGGCAAAACUGAUUGAAGUUGCCUGCACAAGCAUCAGUUUUUUCCUGAACAGAUCCUGACACAAUCAGUAAUGCUCACGUGAAAGAGGCCUAAAGCAAUGCCGCUGCAAAAACCAACCGAUUUGGGGCUUUUUUUUUUUUUGGCAUCGGUGGACUUUGGUCAGAUUCGCUGAGGAAAAUCUACAGUGACCUUUCUAGUAUAGCUGUACCCUUUGGGGGAAUCACAUGGGUGUCAUAAUGCUAACAGAGCAGUCAUAGUGACAGGUAUCCGAUAAGUUACAACCACUGCUUUUUCCCUUGUCUUAGGUGUAUAGCACAGGUAACUUUUUUUUUUACGCAACUUACCAUUUGUACUACUAUUUGGUUUGGCUUUUUACCCCAACACUAAGACCUCAUUCAGACUGCUGUAAUGUGGGUGCAUUUUACUGGCUGUAUUCUGACCACAGGUCCCAUGACCUGAACAUAUGGGGUCAUAGGCACAUAUCUUGUAUAGGUUCAGGCACUAUGGCCUAGAGCAGGGAUCGGCACCCUUCCAGCUGCUGUGAAACUACAACCCCCAGCAUCUUCUAACACCCAUAGAAGCAUUCUGGGAGUUGUAGUUUCUGAACAGCUGGAGGUUGCUGAUCCCUGCCAUGGAGGACGUGUUGUUGUGGUUUUCAUCUAUUUUGGGUGUUGAAGGAGUUUAAGUUUGCAGUCCUUGGGCUGGGACUGUGAGCGGAUCUUAAAUCUGCCACACAUAGGGUGAAAUGUGCAGAGAAAAUACGUGUCACACAUGCAGACUUUGCCACGGAUUUGUCAUGUAAUCUGUGGCAAAAAUCUACUCAUUGUGGCAGCACCCCCAACAUUGUGGCAAUACUGCAACUUGUAGGCAACUGCAGUGUUCCUUUUUCAAAAACGAACGUAGCUUAUAGCCAUGAGGAUCCUUGCCGCACAGUUACCUGCAGGCGAUUCGUCGAGCUCCAGUGCUCACGUUAGGAGCAAUUGUGAGAGUUUCACUUAUUAACCACUAAUUUGCCAUUCAUCGUCUCUGGGCACAGGAUCGGUACUGCCCUUCUCGAGCCCUGUUGUUUUUCAACAUUUUGCUGUCCCAGUCCAAGGUAUCUUUCACAAGUAAUGGUGUGCGGCUAUUUUUGUACGUAACUCAUGAACGCAGAGUUUUUCUGAUGUGCCUUUCACCUGUGCCAAAUACUAAAGGUUUAACACAAUAAAGGACU